AUGACAGCGGGGGAAGACGUCGCAUUGGCGGCGCCGUCGUUGCGGGACCUGUCGGCGGGGGUCCUAUGCCAGAAAACUCAACUUCAGGAUGUUGUGCUGAAGAUGCAUCUGCCUCUGCCUGUCAGCCAUUCGUUAUUUAACAAGAAAAAAGAGGAAUGGCAACGAUCAAAAGAACCACAAGCGGCUGAGGCUUUGCGAGCUUGGUGUGACUCAUCGCGGUUGCCGUUAUCGCACCUUGACUUAACUGGGGCAGAUUUGACGGACUCUCUACUAGCUGACCUACUAGAAGCUCACCAAAAUGGAAUAACGCAAUUGGAUCUUACUAAUAUCAAGGGUAUUUCUGAUGAGACAAAUGCGCUUUUGGAUCAACGAAAUGUAGCUUUUCCUAAUUUGCGAUCCCUUAAAAUGACAUCUAUGGAACUGCUCAGUCGGCCACCUCCACGCAGGAAAAUUGGCGUCGCAAGUAUGGAUACUCGUAACAUACCAGUGUUAGGUGAAGAAGACCUAGAAGGUGCAGGAGGUUUAGAUCAAAUGCGAGAAAACAGAGGAGGACCAUCGCAUUCCACCCAUUCAAACCAACAACAGCAGCCGAUUUUCGAGGGUUGUUCAACAUCUUUCAACGGAAAUAAUCCUAUAUCGACCGAGCCAGCAGAAGAGAAAGUUUGGGAGGAGGAAGAACGGGAGCCUCCAGUGUUCACUUCACGAUGCCCUGGUGUCACAACGCUGGCACUUCCUAAGGUAAAACGAUUCCCAGAGGAUGAAGAGAAUUCUCCGAAUGAUUUGCUCCGUCGCGUUUUCGAACCUCUGAAAGACCUAACAACCCUUGAUCUCUCCUACUGGAACCGAAUGGAAGAUCUCAGAUGUAUUCAUCCUCUUCAUCUGACAACGCUGAUUUUGUUUGAUGUUCCCGACUUGUAUCGUACCAUUGACAGCAUCAUAACUAUGACGGAACUCAGAUUUCUCGACUUGUCACAAUCCACACGAGACACAGGUCUUUAUCCAAGACCAGUUACGGCGUUGCACAAGAUAGUUACCAAUCUAAAGGAGCUAACUUGUUUGGAUAUCUCGUCGACAAAUCUUGCGGCCCAACCAAGCCCAAAAGACUGGCCAGUGAAACCCGACAUGCAUCAGGGUAAUGUCCGAUCGGAUAUUGUUGGACUGCGAUUUCUCAGCAAACCACUGGACUUUAUUGGACUAUUCAACUGUGAAAAUGCCAGUCAUUUUGGUGAAAUACCUGCAAAACACAUUUCUGGUGACGCCAAUGAAGAUCAGGUGAUUAUGGCUCUCCAAAUGUACAAGGACCGUGCUGGUCUUCUUCAGUCGGUAUUAAAUGAGAGCUACCAACUUUAUCGUUUUGGAAAUAGCAAUCCAUUGGUUCGUCAUACAGAAGCGCUUCACUUAGUUUUGAAUGCUAUGCAAAACCAUCUUGAGGACAGCACCCUCCAAAUAGCAGGCUCGGCUAGUCUUUUCUACAUUAUACGUAAAGUGGCCAUGAAUCGUGACACCAAGAAAAGAGUAGUUAGUGCUCUUUUGAGUGGAAUGGAAACACAUAUGGAAGAACAAGUUAUGGUUAGGAAUUGUUGCCUCUCUUUAUGCCAGUUCGAGAUUCCACAAGAGAUCCUGUUCGACUACAGUCGUCUGGCUAUUUUGUUGGUAACCGUCCUGCAACAUCACAACGCAGACAAUUUGACACAGCGUAUUGUCGUCUUCCUUCUAAAUUCAAUGGCGUGCCAUGUGGAAGGUGAUCAGAAGGUCCAAGUUGGCAGUUUUGGAGCUAUCGAGAUGAUUCUUGAUCAAAUUCGUCGAAAGUUGACGACAAAUGUGUGCGAUGACGUCAUGGAAGUUGGAUGGAGCUUUUUGUGGAACAUUACUGACGAAACUCCAGUAAAUUGCGAACGUUUCUUGCGAGCUGACGGUCUUCAUUUGUUCCACAUGUGUUUUGAUGCUUUCCGAAAUGAGCGAGAGUUGGUUCGCAAUAUGAUGGGUCUAAUAGGGAAUAUUGCCGAAGUUGAUGGUCUGCGCUCUCAGUUGAUGAAUGACGAUUAUGUGAAAAUCUUCUCUGCUCUGUUAGAUCUCGUGGAGGAUUCCAUUGAGAUCAGCUACAACAGUGCCGGUGUCUUAGCUCAUAUGGUGAGUGAUGGUGAGGAGGCGUGGAGUUGUUUGACAGUUCGUCGGGAGCAGGUCAUGGCCAGCGUUGUCAAGGCUACACAGUCAUGGAGGCUUGAUACAAGGCGCUUCAUCAAUUACCGUUCGUUCCGCCCGAUCCUUCGCCUACUGCCAUUGUGGCAUGCGUAUGCAAGUCAACAUUGGGCGGUUUGGGCAUUAGCCAAUUUGACUACCACUGACGGAGCCAAGUACUGUGCUUAUGUGACUGACGAAGGAGGCAUUCCUCUUUUGGAACAACUUGUGACUGAUGAACGAACAACCGCACCUGUGCGUCAUUUGGCGAAGAUGGUACUAGAUAAUAUUGAGAGUUGGCGAACUCAUUCGGAACGAGAGCGAUCAAGUGACGAUUUGAUGAUGGAGAGCACGGAGAUGAUGGAUACCUCAUAG